ACUAGGGUCACGAAAAAACUCGCAAUACGUGCAGGAAACAAAAAAACAUACGGUUUUGACGUAUUAUUCAUGAUUUGAUUAAACUGAUGCAAUCCAACGAUUGAUGUCAAACUUAUUUUGAACAAUUCUGGAGUUUCGAGUGGUGGUGGUAGAAGACGUGACAAGCAAAUGGCUGUGCUGACGUAUAAUUCUGGCAAUAACUGUGAGCUAGACACGUCUUCUUCUAUAUACGACCAACAAUAAUCCAGGUGCCUUCAUUUGGAUUGCUCGAAAUAAACUUUAAUCUAUUUGUUUUCAAGAACACUUGAGGAACAUUGAAUUUCAAAAGGUCAGAACUAAUUGGUGAAAAAUAAAUUGAAAGCAAGUUUAAUUAAGAACAAUCUCCGUACUGUGCUGUUUUGGCGGUGACAUUGAUAGAAAACGUCUUUUCUUCACUUUCUAUAUUAUUCCGUGAGCGUUUUUUGUUCAUGUGAUAUUAGUUUGCAAACAUUACGCCAGCACAAAGAAGUAAAGCUGUUGUUAUCAAGUCAUCCCGUCAAUGUAGGAAGCAAUACCUUACAGGAUCAAGAAAUCGUAAGAAAUAUAUCUUAUGAUGUCUCAUUUGCCCAGCAUCAACUCGAGCUCCUUAAAGUCUUUGAGAUCAAGAGCACCAGCGUUAGUAAUCACAGAGACCUCUAUCUACACAAGUAUAUCUAUCGCAGCAUUAUUGGGUAAUUCCCUGGUACUAUGGAUUGUAUACAAGAACCGAGCCCUGCGUACAAUCCCAAACUAUUUCGUUAUCUCUUUGGCCUGCACGGAUAUUUCUAUGGCACUGUUAGGUACACCAUGGUCUAUAGUCGUACUUGCCACGGGAAGUUGGCCUUCAAACUUCGCUGGCUGCCAAGUUCAGGGAUACGUAGUUAUAUUGGUCGCAAUAGCCUCACUUCAAAAUCUAAUGAUYAUGGCUUUUAACAGGUACUGCCGCAUCGUCAAUCAAAGCUUAUACCGAAAAGUUUUCACAAAAAAUAGAACACGACUUCUUAUUUUCUUGGCGUACAUCAUUGCCGCAAUUUCUGCGCUACCUUACAUCAUUGGAGGGCAAUUCUAUGUCUUUCAACCCGGGAAAUUUUUCUGUUAUCAAAAGUCAAUGGUUGAGUACACUAUACCAUUGAUGUUAAUCUUCAUCGGAACACCUACGGUUAUAAUAUUAAUUUGCUAUCUCAAAGUCUUCUUCGCUCUGAGAAAUCAUCAAAAGAAUCUCCACAAACCUGAGUCCGAAAGAGGAUCUAAAUUUCAGAGAAUAACGGUUGAAGAAAUUCGUAUUACUAGAACAUUAUUCGCGACUAUUGUUGGAUAUUUAUUAUGUUGGAUGCCUGUGUUAUUUAUCGAGAUCAUAGACCUGGGUUUAGGCGAGGGGUCGCUACCUCGACAAGUAUACAUGAUGUUCACAAUGUGUGGAUUAUCGUCUUCUGCCAUCAACCCUGUAAUUUAUGGCGUAAUGAAUAAAACAUUCCGUAGAGAGUACAAGAAAGCGUUUAAAUGUGGGGCUAGUAACACCGUCCAACCACGCCAGUCUAACUCCAAAACUCGUCCUGUAAAUACAAUAAAUAAACUAUAUCAAAAGACAAAACUAAACGAAACCGAAACUUGAGUCGAAGGCCAUUGGUUUGUAAUGAUGAAGUGUGGAGAGACGGGACCGUCAUUUUACGUGGUCAUCCGAGCCACGUGAAGGUCUAACCAUAUGUAGAUGUAAUUACAAAGGCAGCACCUUCUCCUCAGUUAUUUCAAGCUCGCUAGAUACACCGUGCUCACGAGGCCUAAUACAGGCCGAAACAGCUGUCCACGGUUUCUGGUUGAGCUGGCUCAUUUUUUUACGUGACUUGAAGUUGUGAAAGACCCGUUAUCACUCUUCUUCAGUCGUUUCAUACAAGGUUCGUGAUUUACCUGUUACCCAUGUUCUUGGUACGCAUGUUCUUAUUUCAAGACUGGAUGUUGGUCCGACCGACGACAACUGAGCCAACCGGUUGGUGGUGGUAGACUUGCUGCUACACGUUUGAUUCAACCCCGGCUCUGAUGCGUUUCUGGCUGAAUAAGAGGUUUUUAUAGAGGCGAAUUCAUUCAUAUUUUGCCAAUAACUUUAGCUUCGUAUGAUGUAAAAUCUCUAACGAUAUUAAAACUUUUUGCCGUUCAGGCUUUUUCGUAAAUCAUCAACGAAAACUUUUGCGCUAGUGCGCAUGCUCGACAUUACGAGUAAAAAAAGUCUGCACAUGCUCUGAAUCCUUAUGCAAAUUAGUCAAAACAUAUGUACAUUUGUUAAUACAGUAUCUUGGUCUGACAAAAGUAUACUCGCAAACAUUUUUGGAUACUUAAUUGAAGAAAACAAACAUUUCUUUUCUCACUCAAACUCUUCAAAAUUCGUGCUGAAAUGAACGCACUCGCAAACGUUUUUCUCUAGUGUCACCUUAAAGUACUUUGCGAAAAAGGAAAACUGGCGUUUUUCAUUCUGGUUAGCAAUGUGAUUCGAGUUAAUUAUGCUAAUUUAUGCUAAUUACGAGAACUAAGAGGUUCCUUCAACAUAUAUUUCAGUAUAUUUCUGAGAGUAUUCGAUGAAUACCAUUCAAACUUUGCAGCAUACAUGUAUUCAAAACAUGCAACGUGAAGAUGCACAAACAGUGUCUGCCAUGGCAUCUAACAAAAAUUUUAGCUUUUCAGCGAUUGCUUUAUUUUUUUACUUGAACGGAAAACUGUUUGACUAUACUUUUUUGCCUAUGACCACAACAUAUUUCUUAAACUAGCCACAUUCGAUGCCAUCUCUUAUAAAGCCAGAAAUCUUGAAUAUUUUGGUAGGGGUGGCGUGGAACCGAGGUUGUUGCUAUGGCAAUUAAUUUAUAAUCUGCUUUGAAGAAGAGCUAGCGCUGACCAUAAUCCUACUAAAUUUGGUUGAUUUUGAUUGUAAUAAGCCAGUUCAUACUUUAAGAAUCGUUUUCACUCCGCAUGCGAUUUUAUCCCAAAUUUCUCGACUUCUUUUUUCUAAACCUCAUUUUGUUGUUAAUUAAAGAAAAGGUGAGAAAAUCGAAAAUAUGAACUGGCUUACUAUUUGGCUGACAUAAAUUACUAUAAUCCUAGGCUGGUCAAGUGCACCAUCACGUGACGGCGGCCAUGUUAGAUGGCAGGAAAGAUACAUUCGCUUUACGUGAGAUCUGAAGAACUCAAUUACAAAGGGAUUUAAUUGUUCUGCCAUCAAAGCGAAUCAAAGUCUAUCUUGUUAUCCAAACUUAAUGAUCGAUCCCCUCUUAACGUCUUUUCUGAAGAAAGAGAGGGGAAAAGAUAAAUUACCCAACCACGAUUUGGAUGGGGUUUUCAAUCAGGAGGAAACAGACUUCAUACGCCUGGAAACAGGUCGUCCGAAGGCACCCCAGAAAAUAAGGUAGCUAGUAGGAGUCUACUUACCCUAAAAGAGAUAUUAAUGCUAAUAGGAAAGACGACAACCAUGAUCAAACAAAAUCAUUUAUCGCGUAAUCAUAUACAAAAUUAAAACUAAAUCAACUGAUUAAGCAAUUGGCAUUGAA